AUGCACGGUUUCUCAUUCACGUUCAAAGCCGCCACCCUCUUGCUCCUGGGCCUGCAGCUGGGGAUCAACAAGGCUCAGAAUGACAUAGAGGGUGGAAAGUCAAUUUUAUUUUAUUUAGAUGUUCCGAGAUAUGCAGAGGAAAAUGAAGAGAUCACUGUGAAACUUGGACUUGAAACACAAUAUAACGAAUGUUCGGUGGUCAAAGCUUACCUUGUAACUAAUGUCCCAAUGGAAGGUAACUUCAACUUUAAACAAACCCGCUGCCUCUGUAAUGAUAACCGAAUAAACCUGUACUGGGACUUUCCAGUUAACCAAACUCUCAAUUUUGCAGUAGUGGUUGAAAUCGUUAAGGACAAGAAUAUCUGUCCUAACGACGAGGCAAUGGUGCCCAUCAAAGGAGACCUGUAUUAUAGUUAUCGUAGUGUGUAUGUGUACUAA